UUAACAGAGCCAGCGAGAGGGGAAACAGAGAGAAUACGAGAGAGAGAGAGAGAGAGAUGGAGAAGGGGAAAGGAGUGAUGGGAUUCGGGAGGAGAUGGGCCGUCGAGUUCACUGACGCCUCCGCCGCUCCUUCCUCUCGCGACGUCCCCGAUCCUCCCGGCUUCACUCGCGCCUCCCAGGAUCAGGAUGAUUCGUCGGUCAGUCGCCAGAAGAAGGAUGCUGAAGCUAAUUGGAAGUCGCAGAAAGCUUGGGAAGUGGCACAAGCCCCUUUUAAGAACUUGAUGAUGAUGGGCUUCAUGAUGUGGAUGGCUGGAAGUACAGUGCAUCUCUUCAGUAUUGGGAUCACCUUUUCAGCUCUUUGGCAACCUAUAAGUGCUCUUCAAGGAGUUGGGAAGGUUUUUGAGCCAUACAAGGACAGCAAAGUUGAUCUUCUGGCGCCGAAGCUACUUUUCAUCGCCCUCAAUUUAGGUGGUUUAGCCCUUGGUGUAUGGAAGCUUAACACAUUGGGUUUACUUCCAACUCAUGCAUCUGAUUGGGUCUCAUCCUUGCCUCCCGCACAGGAGGUUGAGUAUUCAGGUGGAGGGAUCCCUUUGCAUUAAAUGUCCAGUAGUUUUGGUGAAUUGACGAACAUCAUCUCCAGUAGGGAAGGGUAUCUGAGGAUCAUGUUCUUGGCUGAUGGCUUCUAGCUCUUGAUCAAAUUGGUGGAGGUCAUUAAUAUAGUGUGAUUUUGCUGGUUUGAGUAGUAGACUGGAGAUAUAUUAUUCUGAAAUUUCUGUUGUUUUCUUCAGGAAAGCUACCUGCGAUUGUUUAAUAGUUAUUUUGUGGAAAUUGUUCGAAGAAGCUCAUUUAGAAAAUGGAUUUCCACUGCUUUCUCUCUCUUUAGCACGGGAAGUUCUCUUUGAAGUAUGGGAAGAUCAUGAGCCAUUGCCUAA